UUGGCUAGAAUUUUGGCCAGUCAGUCACGUCGCUUCGGAUUGAACAGUACUGUUUGCCUAGUACUGAAUAGCUGCCUUGCCAGCAAUUGUAGUGCAGUUUUGCCACAAUUUUGGUUCAUCCAAAUUGAGUUUUUAGCUUGUUCUGAGACGUAAAGUUUCCAACUAAAUCAUCAUGGCUGACGAUGAAGCAAAGAAGGCGAAACAGGCCGAAAUCGAGCGCAAGCGUGCCGAAGUGCGUAAGCGCAUGGAGGAGGCUUCUAAGGCUAAAAAGGCCAAGAAGGGUUUCAUGACUCCGGAGCGUAAGAAGAAGCUUAGGUUACUUCUGCGUAAGAAAGCCGCUGAGGAACUAAAGAAAGAACAGGAGCGCAAGGCAGCCGAGCGUAGGCGCAUCAUUGAGGAGCGAUGUGGCAAGCCCAAAAAUAUCGAGGAGGCUAACGAAGCUGAGCUUCAAACAAUAUGUAAGGAAUAUUGGAAUAGGGUAUUUGGUUUGGAAGGUGACAAAUUUGAUUUAGAAAGAAUGGAAAAAUUGAAACAGUUUGAGAUUUCCGAUCUAAAUGCCCAGGUUAACGAUCUGCGUGGCAAGUUCGUUAAGCCAACUCUCAAAAAGGUUUCCAAGUACGAGAACAAAUUUGCCAAGCUCCAGAAGAAGGCUGCUGAAUUCAACUUCCGUAACCAACUCAAGGUUGUUAAGAAGAAGGAAUUCACCCUGGAAGAGGAAGACAAAGAGGCAAAGAAAUCGGAGAAAGCCGACUGGCAGAAGAAAUAGAUGUAGCUGACAUCAAGAUCAACCAACUACAUAGAAUGAAGCCAUCCGUUCUCUGAUGUUACUUUGACAUUGAAUAAAAUGAAAUUAUGAGACGUGCGAUCAAACAAAUCUACACUCAUUCGUAGCUACCCAAAUUUAUGUCCAUAACAUGACACUAAAAUUUUCGUAUGGAAUAUGGAAUAUGACAAAUUUUAUCUUGUAAAAAAGCACAUUGAAAAAUCCCUAACCUGUACAAUCUUGCAAAAUAUGUGUAUAGUACUGUAAAACAUACAAGCUAGUACUUAAUGAAUGAUUUAACAUAGUCCAGAACAUGGCAGUUCUUUGCUUUUAUUCUGAAUUUUGAAGAAAUUGAAAGUUCACAACCACCAAAAACAUCUUGGAUAUCUUGCGAUCUUAGUUUUUCAUACUUAUUUCAACGUAGAGUGCUACUACUACUACUAUUUCUGCAAACAAAUCAAAAAUGAAUAUUUAUUUCAUGCCUGCGUUUAUCAAGUAACAUUCACAUCUUGGAGUUUUACUGUCCGGUCUCAAACUAAAUCAAAAUAUUUAAAAUGCUCCAGAAAGCUCAUCCACCAUAGGCACACCAUAAAAUUUAUGAAUUGGUUACGCUAGUAGCCCACACACACCAACGAUAAACUAAAUAUAUUUUCGGUCAGAAGAAACCGGACUGGUCCAAGAAGGGAGACAAGGUAAAAGAAGAAGCAGCAGAAGCUGUUGAAGCCGAGGCAUAAACGGUGUACGAAAAUCUUCAUAAUUUCUUUCAUGGUAUGGCAGCCUAUAUAACCUACCACACGCGCAAUUUUGCUAUUUUCCGGAUUUAUUCCGUCAAUAAAAAUUCAUAAAUAAAAACAAAAUAAUCUACUACCCUAUGCUACCACCAACUUAAAAUCCAUUAUCCUGUAUUUCUUCUAUAAUUAAUAGAUUAUACUUUUCAAUCUCUGUCAUGACAAUGAGCAACUUAUGGAUUAUCUUUACCUUUGAAGUCCUUUACAGAAGCAACUUGUUUUCAUUACUACUCAUAUCAUUACUAUUCAAUCACAGAGGAUUUAAAGAGUAGAGUAUCUUACGUGGUCACUAUUUUGUAUUCUCGGAUUUCGAUUAGAUUUAUUUUUCAAAUUUAACAAUAUCCUUGGAAAAAAUACCAACAACCAUUUUCAGUAAUAAAAAAUAAAUCAAUAAACUUUAUCCGUUUCGUCUAUAUAAUUGUAUUAAAGU